AUGACUUUGGAAUUCCAAAUCACCUCCCCGCCUUCGCGUUCCACGUUCGAUCGUUCCAGUGCGAUGAUGGGGAGCUAUGCACCACAAAAUGAGGUACGCGUCUGGAAGUCAGACACAUUUGAGGCUCCCAAGGGAGCAAUGCAUCGUGGCACCUAUCACAUCAAGAGUCGUUUUGUCGAUGCGGAUAAAAACGAGUACGUGUCAUGGAAGUGGGAUAUCCAAGUGGUUAAAGCAUCCGGAUGA